GACACAUUGCACCAUGCACUGCACAGCACUUGUGGUUUGUUUUCGUUGUGACAUGAAGACAGAUCCUCCUUUUCCAGACAGGACAUUAUUCCAACCCCCUUCAGAGGCCGGCUCAGAACUGCACUGUGUUUCCCAAUAGAAAAAGACUAGGACUGUUCACUUUUUUCCCCUUCUUUCUCCUAGUUUUGAGUCUAAGGAGACUGGGAGAGGCACUUCCCUUUCUCAUUUUUUGACAUGUAAGCCCAUCUUAACAGACUGUGAAGUGCUUGUGGAUAGCGGCUAUAACAGAGGUUCACUGAAAAUGCAAAGCAGGACUAACACAGGGAAAAGUGUUAAGAGGGAGAUUGUGAUAGAGUCUCCUCAGCAGUACAAGGAUGCCAAUGAGCCAGAGGUAGAAGCAGAGACUCCAGUGCCAGAACUGGCAAAGCCGAAGCUAAUUGAACCCAUAGACUACGAGAAUGUGAUUGUGCAGAAGAAAACGCAGAUCCUGAAUGAUGCUUUGCGGGAGAUGCUUUUGUUCCCAUAUGAUGACUUCCAGAUAGCAACACUAAGGCGGCAGGGCAGAUACAUAUGCUCAACAGUACCUGAAAAUGCAGAGAAGGAGGCUCAAAGCUUGUUUGUCACAGAGUGCAUCAAAACUUACAAUUCUGACUGGCAUGUCGUCACCUAUAAAUAUGAAGAUUAUUCGGGAGAUUUCCGACAGCUCCCAAGCAAAGGAAACAAACCUGAAAAGCUCCCUGUGCAUGUAUAUGAAGUGGAUGAAGACGCAGACAAAGAUGAGGAUGCUGCUUCACUUGGAUCUCAGAAAGGAGGCAUCACAAAACAUGGCUGGUUGUACAAAGGCAACAUGAACAGUGCAAUAAGUGUGACCAUGAGGUCAUUUAAAAGAAGAUUUUUCCACCUAAUUCAGCUAGGAGAUGGCUCAUAUAACCUCAACUUCUACAAAGAUGAGAAGAUCUCUAAAGAACCUAAAGGAUCAAUAUUCCUUGAUUCUUGCAUGGGUGUAGUACAGAACAACCGGGUCAGGCGCUUUGCAUUCGAGCUUAAGAUGCAAGACAAAAGCAGUUAUCUUUUGGCUGCAGACAGUGAGACCGAAAUGGAAGACUGGAUAAGUACAUUAAACAAAAUUCUGCAACUGAACUUUGAAGCUGCUAUGCAAGAAAAGCGAAACGGCGAGUCUCAUGAAGAUGAUGAACAUGGCAAGUUUGAAAAUUCAUCUUCAGGUCUUGAUAGUUACCUCCCUGAUAAGAGUGCAAGAGAUGCUGAAGCCAAACUGAAAAAUGAAAGCAGAGUGAAGCUUUUUGCCUUGGAUUCAGACACACAGAAACUUGAUUUUUCUGGAAUUGAGCCUGAAAUAAAACCUUUUGAGGAAAAAUUUGGUAAAAGGAUUUUAGUUAAGUGCAAUGAUCUAGCUUUCAAUCUCCAAAGCUGUGUGGCUGAAAAUGAAGAGGGGCCAACCACAAAUGUUGAACCAUUCUUUGUCACAUUGUCUCUGUUCGACAUUAAAACCAACAAGAAAAUUUCAGCUGACUUCCAUGUAGACUUGAACCAUGCCUCUGUGAGGCAAAUGAUCCCUGCCCCUACCUACCAACACUUAAAUGGUGGUGGAGACAUUGGUAGAAGGAUCAUGGGGUCUAUUCAGGAAUCCAUGCUGCAGUAUCCCAAACAGGGAAUAUUCUCAGUGACAUGUCCCCAUCCAGAUAUUUUUCUUGUAGCCAGGAUAGAAAAGGUUCUUCAGGGGAGCAUUACACAUUGUGCCGAGCCUUACAUGAAGAGUUCAGAUUCCGCAAAGGCCGCACAGAAAGUUCUGAAAAACGCCAAGCAAGCUUGUGGGAGGCUUGGGCAAUACAGGAUGCCAUUUGCCUGGGCAGCAAGAACGCUUUUUAAAGAUUCUUCUGGGACGCUGGAUAAAGCAGCAAGAUUCUCUGCCAUUUAUAGGCAAGAUAGCAACAAGCUUUCAAAUGAAGAUAUGCUUAAGCUGCUUGCAGAUUUUAAAAAACCUGAGAAGUUGAGCAAACUCCCAGUUAUUUUAGGAAAUCUAGACAUACACAUCGACAAUAUUUCUCCUGAUUUCCCAAAUUAUGUAAAUUCCUCAUACAUUCCCAUGAAACAGUUUGAAAACAACAGUGAGACUGUAGUUACAUUUGAAGUGGAGGAAUUUGUGCCGUGCAUACCUAAACACACGCAACCUUUCACCAUCUACAACAAUCACCUUUACGUUUAUCCUAAAUACUUGAAAUAUGAUGGUCAAAAAGCAUUUGCCAAGGCAAGAAAUAUUGCAAUAUCCAUUGAAUUUAGGGACUCUGAUGAGGAGGAAUCUCAGCCAUUAAGGUGUAUUUAUGGAAGGCCUGGGGGUCCUGUGUUUGUGAAAAAUGCUCUAGCCUGUGUUUUGCACCAUCACCAGAAUCCGGAGUUCUAUGAUGAGAUCAAAAUAGAACUGCCCACACAACUUCAUGGAAAACACCAUUUAUUGUUCACAUUCUACCAUGUCAGCUGUGAUACAUCGAGCAAAGGGGGAACAAAGAAGAAAGAUGUCAUUGAAAGCCAAGUUGGAUACGCCUGGCUUCCUUUGCUGAAGGAUGGUCGGGUGGUGACAAAUGAACAGAACAUUCCUGUAUCUGCUAACCUUCCAGCAGGAUAUUUGAACUACCAGGAGCUUGGAAUGGGCAAGCAUUCCGGUCCUGAAAUUAAGUGGGUUGAUGGCGCCAAGCCCUUACUUAAGAUCACUACUCAUCUGGUCUCCACUGUUUAUGCCCAGGAUCAACACUUGCACAAUUUUUUUCAGUAUUGUCAGAAAAAUGAAUCUGGAGCCCAGGCUUUGGGAAAUGAAAUUGUUAAGUAUUUAAAGUCUCUUCAUGCAAUGGAAGGACAUGUGAUGAUAGCUUUUCUGCCUACUAUCCUAAACCAGAUGUGCAGAGUUCUCACUAGGGCCACUCAGGAAGAAGUCGCAGUCAAUGUUACAAGGGUCAUUAUCCAUGUUGUGUCUCAGUGCCAUGAAGAAGGUUUGGAGAGCUAUCUAAGGUCUUAUGUUAAGUAUGUCUACAAGGCUGAGCCAUACAUCACUUCAGAGUACAAGACCGUGCACGAGGAGCUGGCCAAAUCCAUGACCACAAUCCUUAAACCGUCUGCUGACUUUUUAACGAGCAACAAGCUUCUCAAGUAUUCCUGGUUUUUCUUUGAAGUAUUGAUAAAGUCAAUGGCCCAGCACCUCAUUGAGAAUUCGAAAGUUAAAUUGCUGCGGAACCAAAGAUUUCCAGCGUCUUACCACCAUACAGUAGAAACCUUGGUUAAUAUGCUUAUGCCACACAUCACUCAGAAAUACAAGGAGAAUCCUGAUGCUUCCAGGAAUGCUAAUCACAGCCUUGCAUUCUUUAUAAAGAGGUGCUUCACGUUCAUGGACCGAGGCUUUGUCUUUAAGCAAAUCAAUAACUACAUGAGUUUCUUUUCACCUGGAGAUUCCAAGACCCUGUUUGAGUACAAGUUUGAGUUUCUCCGUGUUGUCUGUAAUCACGAGCACUACAUCCCCCUGAAUUUACCAAUGCCUUUUGGUAAAGGCAGAAUCCAAAGAUACCAGGACCUCCAGCUGGACUACACACUGACUGAUGAGUUCUGCAAGAACCAUUUCUUAGUGGGACUCCUCCUUAGGGAAGUAGGGAAUGCAUUACAGGAGUUCAGAGAUAUCCGACAGAUUGCAAUUAGUGUGCUGAAGUGUUUAAUGAUUAAACAUUCCUUUGACGAUCGCUAUCCUUCAAGGAGUCAGCAGGCCAGGAUAGCCACACUAUACCUUCCAUUGUUUGGCCUUUUGAUUGAAAAUGUGCAGCGUAUUAAUGUGAAAGAUACAUCACCAUUCCCUGUUGCGCAAAAUAGUGUAAAAGAUGAAACUCCUGUCAGUUUAUCAUCUGGAAACCCCUUGGUUACACCCCAGAAGCCAGGCAACUCUUUGGAUAAUAGCCUACAUAAAGAUCUUUUUGGUGCUAUCUCUGGCACAGCAUCCCCACACACCUCAUCUACUCCCAACAUCAACAGUGUGAGGAAUGCAGACUCCAGAGGAUCUCUCAUUAGUACAGAUUCCGGAAACAGUCUUCCAGAAAGGAACAAUGACAAAAGCAGUUCUCUGGAUAAGAAUCAGCAUGGUGGCUCUUUAGGAAACUCAUUACUUCGCUGCGACAAACUCGAGCAAGGAGAAAUUAAAAGCCUCCUAAUGUGCUUCCUUCAUAUUUUAAAAAGCAUGUCUGAUGAUGCACUGUUUACUUACUGGAAUAAAGCCUCAACUACGGAACUGAUGGAUUUUUUCACCAUCUCAGAAGUGUGCCUUCAUCAAUUCCAGUACAUGGGCAAACGUUACAUAGCCAGGAACCAGGAGGGGUUGGGACCCAUAGUUCAUGAUCGAAAGUCACAGACAUUACCUGUUUCCCGUAACAGAACAGGGAUGAUGCAUGCCAGAUUACAGCAGCUGAGCAGCCUGGAUAACUCUCUCACUUUUAACCACAGCUAUGGGCAUUCAGAUGCGGAUAUCCUUCACCAGUCCUUACUUGAAGCAAGCAUAGCUACUGAAGUCUGCCUUACAAUCCUGGAUACAUUGUCACUCUUCACGAUGGCUUUUAAGAACCAGCUGAUCGCUGAUCAUGGACACAACCCAUUGAUGAAAAAGGUGUUUGAUGUUUACUUGUGUUUUCUUCAGAAAAAUCAGUCGGAAACCGCUUUAAAAAAUGUCUUCACGGCUUUAAGAUCCCUAAUCUACAAGUUUCCCUCAACGUUUUAUGAAGGAAGGGCGGACAUGUGUGCUGCCUUGUGUUACGAAAUCCUCAAGUGCUGUAACUCAAAGCUAAGCUCCAUUAGAACAGAUUCCUCACAGCUCCUCUACUUCUUAAUGAGAAAUAACUUUGAUUACACCGGAAAGAAAUCUUUUGUCAGAACGCAUCUUCAGGUCAUAAUAUCUGUAAGCCAGCUAAUAGCAGAUGUUGUCGGAAUAGGGGGCACACGAUUUCAGCAGUCACUUUCCAUCAUUAAUAAUUGUGCCAACAGUGACCGUCUCAUUAAGCACACCACCUUCUCCUCUGACGUGAAAGACCUGACUAAAAGGAUCCGAACUGUUUUAAUGGCCACAGCUCAGAUGAAGGAGCAUGAGAAUGAUCCAGAGAUGCUGGUAGACUUGCAGUAUAGCUUGGCCAAAUCAUAUGCCAGUACACCAGAGCUUAGAAAGACAUGGCUGGACAGUAUGGCGAGGAUUCAUGUCAAACAUGGAGACCUUUCAGAGGCCGCAAUGUGCUACGUACAUGUGGCAGCACUAGUAGCAGAAUAUCUCACCAGGAAAGGCAUGUUCAGGCAGGGCUGUUCUACCUUCAGAGUGAUCACUCCAAAUAUUGAUGAAGAGGCAUCUAUGAUGGAGGAUGUUGGUAUGCAGGAUGUUCAUUUUAAUGAGGAUGUGCUAAUGGAGCUCCUGGAGCAAUGUGCAGAUGGACUGUGGAAAGCAGAGCGUUAUGAGCUUAUUGCAGACAUCUAUAAACUCAUUAUUCCUAUUUAUGAAAAGCGCCGGGAUUUCGAGAGACUUGCGCAUUUGUAUGACACCCUACAUCGAGCUUACAGUAAAGUUACUGAGGUCAUGCACACUGGCAAGAGGCUUCUAGGAACUUACUUUCGAGUGGCCUUCUUUGGACAACAAUACCAGUUUACAGACAGUGAAACAGAUGUGGAGGGAUUCUUUGAGGAAGAAGAUGGGAAGGAAUAUAUUUAUAAGGAGCCUAAGCUAACCCCGCUUUCAGAAAUUUCUCAACGACUGCUGAAACUGUAUUCGGACAAAUUUGGUUCAGAGAAUGUAAAAAUGAUCCAGGAUUCUGGCAAGGUGAAUCCCAAAGAUUUGGACUCAAAAUAUGCCUACAUUCAAGUGACACACGUCACACCCUACUUUGAAGAUAAGGAAUUACAAGAAAGGAAAACAGAAUUUGAGAAAAGUCACAUUAUUAGACGUUUUGUGUUUGAGAUGCCUUUCACAAUGGCUGGAAAAAGACAAGGAGGGGUGGAAGAGCAGUGGAAACGCCGUACAAUACUGACCGCCAUUCACUGUUUCCCCUAUGUAAAAAAGAGAAUUCCUGUAAUGUAUCAACAUCAUACAGACCUGAAUCCAAUAGAGGUGGCCAUAGAUGAGAUGAGUAAAAAGGUGGCAGAAUUGCGGCAACUUUGUUCCUCUACUGAAGUGGAUAUGAUCAAAUUACAGCUAAAGCUACAGGGCAGUGUCAGUGUACAGGUCAAUGCAGGCCCUCUAGCAUAUGCAAGAGCUUUCUUGGAUGACACAAACACAAAGAAAUAUGCAGACAACAAAAUUAAACAACUAAAGGAAGUGUUCAGGCAAUUUGUUGAAGCUUGCGGUCAAGCUUUGUGUGUUAACGAAAAACUAAUAAAAGAAAAUCAGUUUGAAUAUCAAGAAGAAAUGAAAGCAAACUACAGAGAGAUGGUCAGAGAGCUUUCUGAAAUAAUGCAUGAGCAAAUUUGGUGUGGGGAAGAGAAAAUCAGUGUUAUGCCGAAUUCACUUCACAUUUUUAAUGCCAUAAGUGGAACUCCUACAAGCACAACCGUACAGGGAAUGACCAGCUCGUCCUCCGUUGCAUGAUCUCUUCAUUGUUCCUUUCAUUUCGCAGUAUGCCUUGUGUAUGACUAUCUCAGGAUGCUUUCCAGGGCUCACAUUCUAGUAUAAACCUCCGGCAGGCAGUUCAUGUUUCAGUCACUACAUAUACUAGUAAGACUUUUAACAAACAACAUUAUUGGUUGUGAUCGUAGGAACCACAAAGACGCGCAUCCUUUUACGUUUGGCAGUACUGACUUUUUUAAUUUCAGUAUCCUAAAGAAGAGAAAUAUGUAUUGAGUAUUUUUAUGCUAGUUAUAGAACUAUAUA